CUAUUUUCAUUUAUGUUUAAUUCCAGAAACCACAUCAAGUCUUUGCAGAAUGAAGUAGAAUAUAAAGAAGUAGAGAUGUACACAUGUAUCUCUAAAAUCAGUCGUGCCUAGGCAAAGCACCCUGCACUUAAACACACAAUACAUUUUUUCAUGAUUGUGUUGAACUGACGUAACCUAACCUGUUUUUAUAUCCUUCAAAAUAAGGUAGGCAUGAAUGCUUUCAGCUCUUGUCAGUAGCUUUGAUUAUCCUGUUUUUGUUAGAUGCCUCCUCUUGGUUUGAUCAUAGUAGUUACUGUAUUUCUUUUUAUAAGUUGGUUUGCAAAGGGUAGGGCUUGCAGACCAUUGGAAAGUUGUAACAGCUGUGAGUCAUAUUGUUGAAGGCAGAACUUUUGAGCCAGACUAUUUACGUGAAGGAACAAGAUGCUGUUAUUUACAACAGAGUGAACUGAGAUUCAGUCAGAAAAAGUCUUUGUUUGCAGAAAUACAGAUCCAAGACAAAGACAGGAUGGGUACUGCUGGAAAAGUUAUUAAAUGCAAAGCAGCUGUGCUUUGGGAGCAGAAGCAACCCUUCUCCAUUGAGGAAAUAGAAGUUGCCCCACCAAAGACCAAAGAAGUUCGCAUUAAGAUUUUGGCCACAGGAAUCUGUCGCACAGAUGACCAUGUGAUAAAAGGAACAAUGGUGUCUAAGUUUCCAGUGAUUGUGGGACAUGAGGCAACUGGGAUUGUAGAGAGCACUGGAGAAGGAGUGACUACAGUACAACCAGGUGACAAAGUCAUCCCUCUCUUUCUGCCACAAUGUAGAGAAUGCAAUGCUUGCCGCAACCCAGAUGGCAACCUUUGCAUUAGGAGCGAUAUUACUGGUCGUGGAGUACUGGCUGAUGGCACCACCAGAUUUACGUGCAAGGGCAAACCAGUCUAUCACUUCAUGAACACUAGUACAUUUACUGAGUACACAGUGGUGGAUGAAUCUUCGGUUGCUAAGAUUGAUGACGCAGCUCCGCCUGAGAAAGUCUGUUUAAUUGGCUGUGGGUUUUCCACUGGAUAUGGGGCUGCUGUUAAAACUGGCAAGGUCAAACCUGGUUCCACUUGUGUCGUCUUUGGCCUGGGAGGAGUUGGCCUGUCAGUCAUCAUGGGCUGUAAGUCAGCUGGUGCAUCUAGGAUCAUUGGGAUUGACCUCAACAAAGACAAAUUUGAGAAGGCCAUGGCUGUAGGUGCCACUGAGUGUAUCAGCCCCAAGGAGUCUACCAAACCCAUCAGUGAGGUGCUGUCAGAAAUGACAGGCAACAAUGUGGGGUACACCUUUGAAGUUAUUGGGCAUCUUGAAACCAUGAUUGAUGCUCUGGCAUCCUGCCAUAUGAACUAUGGGACCAGCGUGGUAGUAGGAGCUCCUCCAUCAGCCAAGAUGCUCACCUAUGACCCGAUGUUGCUCUUCACUGGACGCACGUGGAAGGGAUGUGUCUUUGGAGGUUUGAAAAGCAGAGAUGAUGUCCCAAAACUAGUGACUGAGUUCCUGGCAAAGAAAUUUGACCUGGACCAGUUGAUAACUCACGUUUUACCAUUUAAAAAAAUCAAUGAAGGAUUUGAGCUACUCAAUUCAGGACAAAGCAUUCGAACUGUCCUGACGUUUUGAGAUCCAAAGUGGCAGGAGGUCUGUGUUGUCACGGUGAACUGGAGUUUCUCUUUUGACAGUUCCCUCAUCUGAAAUCAUGUAUCUGUCUCACAAAUACAAGCAUAACUAGAAGAUUUGUUGAAGACAUAGAACCCUUAUAAAGGAUUAUUAACCUUUAUAAACAUUUAAAGUCUUGUGAGCAUCUGGGAAUUAGUAUAAUAGCAAUGUUAAUAUUUUUAAUUUACAUUUUGUAAAGUUAUAAUCGUAUCUUUUAAAAAAACAUACACUCGGAUUUCUAUGUUGUAAUGGAGAUUUUUAAGAGCUUUAACCAGCUGCUGCAGAUAUAUAUCACAAAACAGAUAUAGCAUAUAAAGAUAUAGUAAAUGCAUCUCCUAGAGUAAUAUUCACUUAACACAUGAAACUAUUAUUUUUUAGAUUUGAAUAUAAGUGUACUUUUUAAACACUUAUUAUGAGUUAACUUGGAUUAGGUUUUGAAAUCAGUUCAUUCCAUGAUACAUAUUACUUGAUUAGAUUAAGAAAGGCAGAAAAGAUUAAGGGAAGGGCACAUUUUUCAACGAUUGAGAAUCAUCAUUACAUAACUUGGUGAAACUGAAAAACUAUAUCAUAUGUGUAUUUGAGGUUAUUUGCUGGCAUAUAUUAAUAUUUUAGAAAAUAUUCCUUUUUGUAAUACCAAAUAUAAACAUAGAGCUAGAAUCAUAUUAUCAUAUUUUUCAUAAUGUUCAAUUUGAUACAGUAGAAUUGCAAGCCCCUAAGUCCCUAUUCACUGUGCUUAGUAGUGACUCCAUUUAAUAAAGUGUUUUUAGUUUUUCACAACUACACUGAUGUAUUUAUAUAUAUCUAUAACAUCUUUAAAAUUCUUAAGAAAAUUUUAAAAAUUGUAUAAAAUG